CAUCAUUGUUGUUCAAAAUGGCGGCAGAGAAUGGAGCCGGCGAGCUGGACAUGGUGUUUUCUCCAUUGAAACAUAUCCAAGAUGGAGCACACGUCUCCAGCAUGGAGCAAUACAGAGAGAUGUACAAGCAGUCUGUAGAAGACCCAGAAGCAUUCUGGGGCAAGAUUGCGAAAGAAUUCUAUUGGAAGUCACUGCCAAAAGGAAAGUUCCUCGACUACAAUUUCGAUGUACGUAAAGGCCCGAUUUUCAUCAAGUGGAUGGAAGGCGCUGUUACAAAUAUGUGUUACAAUAUGCUUGACAGGCAUAUCAGCAACGGUUUAGGGGAUACUGUUGCAUUUUACUGGGAAGGCAAUGACCCCGGAGAUGAUGGAAAGAUUACCUACACCAGUCUUUUGAAAGAAGUGUGCAAGUUUGCCAAUGUAUUAAAAAGUUUGGGUGUACAGAAGGGCGACCGAGUGGCCAUUUAUAUGCCUAUGAUAGUGGAAUUAUGUACUGCAAUGUUGGCAUGUGCCAGGAUAGGUGCAAUCCAUUCUAUAGUGUUUGGUGGAUUUUCUUCUGCUUCUCUAGCAGAAAGAAUACUGGAUGCAAAAUGCACUGUGUUGAUUACUGCAGAUGGUGUCUGGAGAGGCAGUAAACUCCUCAAUCUGAAAGAAAUCUCUAAUGGGGCAAUGCAAUACUGCACAGAAAGGGGUCAUUCUAUUGAGCAUUGUAUAGUGGUUCGUCACUUGAGUCCCAGCGAGGAGAGUGUGAGGGAAGAUGCUGGAGCAGGUGACCUUGACAUCCCUUCAGAGUCAGACGAUGAUUCUCAGCCACCUGCCAAGAGACCUUGUAAAAUAUCGAUUGGGUGGACAAAGGGGCGAGAUGUGUGGUGGCAUCAGGUGAUGGCCAAUGUUAGUGACCAGUGUGAACCUGAAUGGAUGGAUGCUGAAGACCCUCUGUUUAUGUUAUAUACAAGUGGCUCCACAGGAAAACCAAAAGGUGUUCUGCAUACAAUAGGAGGGUACAUGUUGUACUCAGCCACAACCUUCAAGAAUGUGUUUGACUACAAACCAGGAGAGGUCUACUGGUGCACUGCUGAUGUCGGCUGGAUAACGGGACAUACAUAUAUCACAUAUGGACCACUGGGAGUGGGAGCCACAGGGAUUAUUUUUGAAGGCAUCCCCACUUAUCCAGAUCCUGGUCGUUUCUGGGCCAUAGUAGACAAGUACAAGGUCAAUAAGUUUUACACUGCACCCACUGCCAUUAGGGCUCUCAUGAGAUAUGGAGAUGCUCAUGUUAAAAAAUACAGCAGGUCUUCCCUUAAGGUCCUGGGCACAGUUGGGGAGCCUAUCAACCCGGAGGCCUGGUUAUGGUACUACCAUACUGUAGGGGAAGGAAAGUGCGCCAUUGUAGACACCUUCUGGCAGACUGAAACGGGAGGUCAUGUGGUCACACCAUUGCCAGGAUGUACACCAUGCAAACCUGGAUCUGCUACAUUCCCAUUCUUUGGAGUUGUACCUGAGCUGCUUACUGAAGAGGGGGCCGUUAUUGAGGGAGAAGGAGAGGGAUAUUUGGUUUUCAAGCAGCCCUGGCCUGGCAUAAUGAGAACUGUGUAUGGAAACACAGAGCGAUUUGAAACUACUUACUUCAAAAAGUUCCCAGGAUAUUAUGUAACUGGUGAUGGAGCCAAAAGAGAUAAAGAUGGCUAUCUUUGGAUAACUGGUCGUAUUGAUGAUAUGGUGAAUGUAUCUGGUCACUUGCUCAGUACUGCUGAGAUAGAGUCUGCAUUGAUAGAGCACAAGGCUGUGGCAGAGGCAGCUGUUGUGUCACAUCCACACCAAGUCAAGGGAGAGUGCACAUAUUGUUUUGUCACUUUGAAAGAGGGCAACCAAUAUUCUGAGGACCUGGCACAUGAGCUUAAAAAGAAGGUUCGCAGUAAAAUUGGACCUUUUGCACAGCCAGAUUUCCUGCAGAAUGCCCCAGGACUGCCAAAGACAAGGUCAGGGAAAAUCAUGCGCCGAGUUCUUCGCAAGAUUGCACGUGGCGAUAGAGAUGUGGGUGAUGUCACUACCCUCGCAGAUGAAAGCGUCAUCGAAACUUUGUUCAAACUUCGUCCAAGUGAUGCAUGAUAAGUUUAGACUACUUGGGAUAUAUGUUACGUCAGACUGUUGGAGAUCUUUAGUUUUAUGAGUUACAAGUUUGCCUUUUGAUGAAAGAGAUAUGUUAACAUUUAGACUUGCAUGUUCACAGCUGCAGCAAGUUAGCAGUUUGUCUUGCUGUUAUAUUAAAUGUAGGAUGUCUUUCAGUAGACAUUAUGAAAGCAAUGCACUGCAUUAGGUGGUAAUAUUUGCAUAACUACAAUGGUUUUAGAAUUGUACAUCAUGAAUGCAAAUUUUAAUAUUAUUUUUAUAGUAUAGAGAAUAGAAAAGAUAAAUUUCUGUUGUUAUGCAGGCAUGUAAUUGUAUUGUGUGGUGUUUGUAAAUGUUAACAGCAUGUUGAUAAAAGAAUAUUCAGUACAUUGACUCUAGGAAUAGUGUACUAUUGAAUUAUUCAAAUUUGUGACUUUCAUUUGCAAAACUGUGAUUUAUUUUGACAAAAGAUUAUUAUAACAUAAUUUAGAAUUCAGGUAUAUGUAUGUUGUGUGGAUUGUUAUUUCCAGCCAUUUGGUGAAGACAAGUAGGUUACUUUCUGUGUGUUCUGUUCAAAGAAGAGGUGCAGGGUAUAUAUUUUGAACUUUAUUCAAGUGAAAUAUUAGUGUUUCAAGGGUAAAUAUGGUUUAAAAAACUGCAUUUUAUUACUAUGCUGCAAACAGCACACGAGCGCUGAAUUGUAAAAUAAUUUGCUGUAAAUGUAAAAAUAUAUGAAGUUCUCUCAUUCCAAGCACAAGCAGGCUAUAUUUCAAAACGAUAUUGAUUUACCAAAAAAUAUUUUUUUCUCUUAUUUUGUAGGGUAUUCAUUCAAACGAGGCUUUAUAGGUAGAAAUCUCGAACAGAAUGUUUCAAGAUCAUUUUGGGUGUUACAAAUGUUCUGAAUAAUUGUGUGUUUUAGUAGAAAAGAAAUGAAGACAAAAUGACUGUUUUUUUCUGCCAUUCAGGUGAAUAAUCAUGUCAUGAUAUCCUGAAUAUGUGGAAAACAGUAAGUCAAAGAGGUGAUCAUAUGUCAAAGUGGAUUUUUCUGGUCUUAGACUGUGCGUGGUAGAAACGAAAAACUUGCAAAACAAAAUAAAAAGUUAGGAUCAUAUAAAUCGUAAA